UGAUGCAGAAAAUUGGUUUUGCGAAUGCCCUAAACUCUACUCUGGAAAACUCUGCCAGUUCCUGUCUUGUGAUGAAAAUCCAUGUGGAAAUGGUGCUACGUGCUUUCCAAAGUCCAAGCAAGAUGCUGUUUGCCUCUGUCCAUAUGGAAGAUCUGGAAUCCUCUGCAAAGACGCUGUUAAUAUUACCCAGCCUAGUUUCAGUGGCACAGAUGUCUUUGGCUAUACCUCAUUCCUGGCUUAUUCUGCAGUCCCAAAUAUCACCUUCUACUAUGAAUUCCGCUUGAAAUUUCAGCUAGCAAACCACCAUUCAGCUUUACAAGAUAACUUGAUAUUUUUUACUGGACAGAAAGGCAAAGGUCUGAAUGGAGAUGAUUUCUUAGUGUUGGGCCUCCGUAAUGGCAGAGUGGUAUAUAGCUACAACCUGGGUUCUGGCACUGCCUCCGUCAUUAGUAAACCACUUGAUCUGACACUCAAUAUUCAUGUCAUCCAUCUUGGCAGAUCUCUCCAAAAAGGCUGGCUGAAGGUGGAUGAUCAGAAGAAUAAAUCUGUCACUUCUCCUGGGAGACUGGUUGGACUCAAUGUCUUCAGUCAGUUUUAUGUAGGAGGUUACCGUGAGUACACUCCAGAGCUCCUACCAAAGGGAUCUAGAUUUAAGAACAGUUUUCAAG